AAAAUAAAAAAUAGUAUAUUAGAAAGAAGAGAGGCACAUCAGAACAAAACAAAACAAAAAACAGGCACAAACAAUAAGCAAACCCCUCUUUCUUUCCCUCAAAAGCCUUGUUUUUCACUCUUUCAUAUUUCUUCUCCAAUCUCCACCCAAACCACCCCUAACCCUUUUUUCUCCUUUUAGAUAUUUGUUGGUUUUGGUUUAAGGAGAGAGUCAAUGGAAAUCAGUUCAAGGAUUCAAGAUAGAGAGAACCAAUCUCCAAUGAACUCUCCAACAAGCAAUGUCAGCAACUGUAUGAGUAGCAGCAACAGCAAUGGCAUCCAAAUCCAAACACCACCUCUCACUCCAAAAACCAUUCACAGAUCUGAUUCCAACCCUUAUCCUACAACUUUUGUCCAAGCUGACACAACCACUUUCAAACAGGUAGUUCAAAUGCUAACUGGUUCAUCAGAGACAACAAAACCAGCAUCAGCAUCUAAACCACCCCAACAAGAUCCAUUAUUACCACCACCACAAUCAUCAAGGAACUUCAACAUCCCUCCAAUCAAAACAGCACCAAAGAAGCAAGGGUUCAAGCUCUAUGAGAGGAGGAACAGCCUCAAGAACAGCCUCAUGCUCAACACCUUGAUGCCCAAUUUUGCACAGAAUUCAGGGUUCUCACCACGCAAGCCUGAGAUCCUCUCUCCAAGCUUGCUUGAUUUCCCUUCCCUUGCUCUUAGCCCUGUCACCCCAUUGAAUGAUGAUGACCCUUUUGACAAGUCCUCACCUUCAUUGGGAAACUCAUCAGAAGAAGACAAAGCCAUCGCUGAAAAGGGGUUCUAUUUGCAUCCCUCUCCCAUGACAACUCCUAGAGACUCAGAGCCACAGCUUUUGCCUUUGUUUCCUCUGUCUUCACCUAGAGUUUCAGAAUCACCUUCUUGAGAAGAGAAGAGAUUGUGUAAAAGGCUAAAACUUUGCGUUGUGGGUGACUUAGAUUGAGAGAAUGAUUACAUGGGUUUUGAAUGAUUUCCAACAACAAGGUACAGAGCUUGGUCUAAUUGUAAAAGUGGCUUUGUUACCAUGAAAUGGCAAAAGCCCUCUUUUUUAUUCUCCUGCUUUGUCUUUCACCUCAGAAUAUUGCUAUCUUUUCCUUUCCAUUAAUGAAACAAGAAAAAAAAAUCUCUCUGUCCAAUGAAAAUUUUGUUUUUCUCUUCAUAUUCCAUGAUUAGUUCUUCUAGGAUUUUUGUUUGAAAAAUCACAUCUUAGGAAUAAUCAUAAGCCAGAGUUUCUCUUUAAUUGAUAAUGAUGAAUUCAACCAAUAAGGCUCUUCAUAGUGUUUGUGUGAUUCCCGUUUCACACCAACCACCAGUGAAGUUGUGUUCAGAUAUGAACAGAUUCCAAAGAAGGCAAAGAGAUGAUAAGGAAAUGAAGAUGCUUGGAAGGGACAACUUUUACUUGAUAUCAGUCUUCUAAAAAGGACAUAACUGUAUCCUUUAUUGUCAUCACAGAAAGCUGCACCAACUUGAUGAAGGUUGAGGGGUCCCUCUUCUUGGUUUUGCCAAUUUUUGGUCUAAUCAGUUUCUCAAGCAACUCAAAUCCCAGAUAUGAUUUUGAUUAAUUUUAUUUUUUUUUCUUAUUUUUCCUGACUCCUAUUACUGGAAGAAAAACCGUUUCUGUAUCAGUUUCAAAGUUACCUAUUUGAUCAAGAAGUGAAGCAAAGACUUUUCUUUCUUUUGUAUCAUUUUUAAAAUGCAGUGUAUUUAUGCAUAUGUCAGAUCCACCCAACUUGUACUUCC